GCAGAAGUACGAAGCAGUGUCGCACGCUUUUGAAGCAGCCCUUUCGGAGCAGUUUUUUGCAGUGUGCGGCCGCCAGCAUCGCAUCGCAGCAAUCUGGGCGUCGCUGGGCAGGAUUAAAAUCUGCUAGUCCUUUUUUGCGUUGGCGACAACUCGCCCUCGCGCGGAUGCUGCCCAUUGCCUGGGACACUCGAGGGCUCGUGUUUCCAAGAGACAUAUCGAACAAGAAAACACCACCACCCACUACUACCGCAACGUAGUGGGAAAAGUGUGCGUGCGUGCCAGUGUGUGUGCGUUAUCUCAGUGUGUAUCCCCGUCUGUGCGGUGGUGUGUGCUUUGGCCAUCGCGGCCCGGAGAGCACUCGGGGAUCGAAGCAGCUGUCGAAGCUUCAUUUUGUGGCAAAAGUUCGCCGCGGAAGGAAGCCGAGCCAAGCGAGCGCAACUCGUUUCCUGUGCCCAGCUACGGAAGCCCCGCGCCGUCGUGUGAGUCCUGUGUGAGACAAUCCAUUACAGCCUUUGGCCAACACAGUCAAGGUCAGUGCGCGGCUUCAGGUGCAUUCGGUGAACAAACGAGAGGCUCAACGCAACGCCAGAUUCAAAAUGGCCCUCCGUGUGGUUGGUUUGAUGAUGCGCCAGGAGCUGGCCGCGCUCGCCGGCAAGCCAGCGGGGCGCUUGUUUAGCACGAGCCGCGGUCCGCACUGUGCCAAGGUGCUGGGCCACUCUCCCAAUGCCCACCUCAACAAGGGGCUCCUGGAACGGUACACGCGCCUCAAGUACGACCCCAAGUACGUCCAGGCCACGUACGUUUGGAUCGAUGGGACGGGCGAAAACGUCCGCCUGAAGGAUCGCGUGCUGGACUAUGUUCCCACGAAGCCGGAGGAUGUGCCGAGCUGGCAGUACGACGGAAGUUCCACGUAUCAGGCACUCGGUGGAAACUCGGACAUGAAGCUGGUUCCGCGGGCACUCUACCGCGAUCCGUUCAAGGCGGGACCGAACGAUGUGAUCGUCCUGUGCGACACCUACCAGCCGGACGGUAAACCGACCGCCUCGAAUCACCGGGCCGCCAUGCAAGACGCCUACAACCGCACGAAGGAUCUGGAACCGUGGUUCGGUAUUGAGCAGGAGUACACCUUCCUCGACGUCGACGGGCGUCCGUUGGGAUGGCCGGUCGGUGGUUUCCCGGGACCGCAGGGGCCGUACUAUUGUGCGGUUGGCGCGCAGAACGUCGUGGCGCGUGAUAUUGCCGAAGCGCAUGCCGUCGCCUGUUUGUACGCAGGCGUACAGUUCGCCGGUACCAACGCCGAGGUCAUGCCCGCGCAGUGGGAGUACCAGGUGGGGCCGGCGCUGGGUAUGAAGUGCGCCGACGACCUGUGGCUUUCGCGCUACAUUCUUUGGCGCAUCGCCGAGGAUUACGGCGUGGUCGUGACGUUCGAUCCGAAGCCGAUGGAGGGCAACUGGAACGGGGCCGGUGGGCACUGCAAUUUCUCCACCAAACCGAUGCGGGCCGAGGGCGGCAUCAAGGCAAUCGAGCAGGCCAUCGAGAAGCUGUCGAAGAAGCACGACAAACAUAUCAAGGCGUACGAUCCGCGCGGAGGCAAGGACAACGAGCGCCGUCUGGUCGGUCGGCUCGAGACCUCCUCGAUCGAUAAGUUCAGCUGGGGCGUAGCGGAUCGUGGCACGUCGGUGCGCAUUCCGCGCGGUGUCGCGGAUGCCAAGAAGGGCUACCUCGAGGAUCGGCGCCCGAGCUCCAACUGCGAUCCGUACAGCGUCUGUAACGCGAUCCUCACGACGUGCUUGGUGGAGUAGAAUAGCGAUCGACAAGUACCUCUCCACCGCGCUGCCACAAUCGCUGUGGGUAGAAUCCGUGCAGUUUGUUCAGUUUUAGUAACUGCCACGAAGAGCAUGUAUACGUUACGUUUUUAUUACCGCUUCAGGUCGUUCUAUCGUUUUAUGCUAGGAACGCUUCCGGCGUGUAACACGCAAUGACCGCAGGUGAUUAUUUUUAAUAGUGCAAUCGAUGGACUGAUCACUUUUGGUGAGGCAAAGAGCCCCGACCGGACCGCAUUGGCGGGUCAUUUUAUCAGCUUUUACGAAGAUAUUGUUCUGUAGCGACAGAUGUUGGGAGGAAAAGUUUUGAAUGAUUGCCGGGCCCUACGGCUGGCUGGUAACAACCGCCGAAGGGAAUUUUAAGAAGCACUCGCUUCCUUCGCUUGUUUUUAAGUUUAUUUGAGGAAAGUGCAUUUUAGGGAACGUUCUACUUUAUAUGAUAAACGGAGAAGAUUUUUAGAAAGACUCAAUGGGCCGUACAAGUGGCUGGAUUGCGUGGUUCAAUGUUGAAAGUUUACCGGUGAAGGCCUUUCGAUUGUGCAAAAGAAUGUUUGAAUGUGUGCGAAAGAGAGAGAGAGAGAAAUUAAAAGAUUAAAGUUCACUGUAGAUGUUUAGUUACUUGUUGUUUUAGCGUGUAAGUCCAGUUGAAUGUUAAGCUUAUAUCAGAAGACUAGAAACUAUCCGCCAAGCCGAGCGGCCGAGCCGAGACAUUGCCCAAAUGUUUAUCCGGAGAUCAAACAAAAUAUCACGAUCAAGUAAGAAGAAUUCAAAUAAAACAAAAAUCAU